AUGUCGAAACGAAAGGUAUUACUGAUGGGGAAAAGUGGUUCUGGUAAAACUUCAAUGCGUUCCAUCAUAUUUGCCAAUUAUAUUGCGCGUGAUACAAAUCGUCUUGGACCAACGAUGGAGGUGGAACAUGCUCAUGUUCGGUUUUUGGGUAAUCUGGUAUUGCAUCUUUGGGAUUGUGGUGGUCAAGAAGCAUUUAUGGAGAAUUACUUAGCUUCACAGAAAGAUCAAAUCUUCAAAAAUGUACUAAUAUAUGUAUUCGACGUAGAAAGUCGUGAAAUGGAAAAGGAUUAUCGAUAUUAUCAAUCAUGUCUGGAAGCGCUGAUUCAGAACUCACCAAAUGCCAAAGUAUUCUGUUUAAUACAUAAAAUGGACUUGGUUUCUGAAGAACACAAAGAUCAGGUAUUCGCAGAGAAGGAACGAGAUAUAAUGUCUAGAUCAAAACUUGCUGCUGAAAAAUUUGGUCAUGAUAACGUCGUGAGACAGUGUUACCGAUCAUCAAUCUGGGAUGAAACGCUUUACAAGGCUUGGUCGGCGAUCGUUUGUCAUUUAGUACCAAAUGUUGCAUCAAUGGAAGCCAGAUUAAAACAGUUUGCUGUGAUAUUGGACGCUGACGAAGUACUAUUAUUCGAAAAGGCAACUUUCCUUGUGAUAGCACAAGCACAAAUCGUCCAGCAUAAUGACGUUCACCGUUUUGAAAAAGUUUCAAACAUUAUCAAGCAAUUCAAACUGUCAUGCAGCAAGCUGGGUUCCCAGUUUGAAUGUAUGUGUGUGCGGAAUAGUAAAUUUGCCGUAUUUAUUGAUAGCUUUACCUGCAAUACAUUUAUUAUGGUGGUACUAUCGGAUGCAACUGUUUCAUCUGCCGCAACGCUAAUGAACAUAAGGAAUGCUCGGAAACAUUUCGAAAAACUAGAAGCUCGGUAG